AUGCCUCCUCUGGGAAGCGCCGGUAAAGGCAAGGGCAAACCCCGAGAUGCACGCCGAUCGCGAAGUCGCAACACCACGCCCAGCUCCGUCCUCAGCACGGGGACGGCCGCGGCUGCUCCCACGACUACACCUCUACUGGAAUUGGAAGCCAGCAAACUCCUCGUCUCCCCGAAGCCGAACUAUUCUGAAAUCAUAGACUACCUUGAGACCCAUGGCACGCGAUUGGAGCCCAAGUCUCUCCACGACAUCAUCGACCAGUUGAAGCAUUUGAGCGAUUCAGCAGAGAAACGCGCAGAGUCCUGUGAGAAAGCCAUCCGUCUGAUCCAUGAGCAGAAGAAGGAGUUGGAAUCAGACCAACAACAUCGCGAACACGAAGCCGAACAGGCUCGUCGCGCAAAAGCUCGGAAGGAGGAGGUGCAUUCUCAAAAGAACUCCAAGUCAAAGAAACGCAAAGAUAGACCCGAGACAUUCGACAACGUUGAGAUCAAACGAGAAGCAGAUGAACCUACAAACCCUAAAGUCAGCCGCAACCCUGGUACACCAGGGCCAGUCGAUAGCCCGUCGCCGUCAAAGAAGACCAAACUCAGUCCUGGCACCUCUUCCCUGUCGGAAGUUGCAGAAUCUCCGGAGGCCACGGCUGCAAGUGCCCACGUAUCUCCAAUCAAGUCAGAUGUUUCUAUGUCUGAUGCUGAAGACAACCACAUCAUUCACAGACCACCUCCACUACCUCGGCAAGGUUUCUUCCCUGACCCGAUGGCCUCUGACCCCGUGAUCUAUCACAUACGGGAGGUGACUCCAGACAUGACAGAUGAGGAAAAGAAGGAAAUCUACGGCGUCACGUCAUUCCCAACGAAAGACCUUCGUGACGAGAUGGCGGGGACUCCACCGGACAAGGACUUCAGUAAUGCCAAACCUACCAAUCAGGUCGCAGCGAAUACUUUCCUCACUUACGUCGAACCUUUUGUGCGACCACUAACUGAGGAGGACAUGGCCUGGUUGAGAGAGAGAGGCGACCGAGUUACUCCAUUUCUGGCAGUUCGACGUGGCAAGCAGUCGUAUCAGGAUAUCUGGGCUGAAGAAGAUGGGAUGGUGCUUGUGGACCAUAAUCUUGACAAGCCCUCACUCAAUCAUGCGCGAGGCAACAUUGAAGCUAUCAAUGAUGACAACCUCUCAACAGAUCAAGUCUCGACGGGACCAUUGGCGAGCCGACUCCUCUCUUUGCUCAAAUUUGAACACCGAUCACCACCGGGCGAGAAUGUCAAUGGAGUAAAUGAUCUGAAUUCCUUCAUGGCUACCGAUGGGAACGACACCAUGGACCUGGAUGGACUUACCAACGGCCCAGAUAAUUCUGAAAAGCCUCUGGCACCUGCCGCCGCGGUUGCAGAGCAGGCCGGUCCAAGGCCGUCAACUUCACAACGGCUCGACUAUGUCCAGAGCGAAGAACGGAUCAAGGGCGAGCUUCGUCACUUGGGCCUGCUCGGACAGGAGGAGAAUCCGGACUUUGAUGCUCACCACGACGACGAUAUCAGCGAAAGACUCCGCCUUCUGCAAGCCGAAUUGCGUCGCGUGCUCAUAGUCAACGGCGCUCGUAAGGCUCGUGUGCUUGACCUGGCAAAGGAAAGGCUGGCAUACCAGGAAUACAGCACCAUCCAUGAAGAUCUUGACAGUCAAGUCCAACAGGCUUAUCUGAAGCGGACCAGGACACUUGGUAAGACCAAGAAGGGAGGCCCCGGAGCAAACAAGCCACGACCUGGUGGACAUGGAAUCGGUGGACCAGGAACGGCAAUAAGCGUCAACAGGGCCAGAGAUAUCGGAGACAAUGCUCGAAUGUUGAUGGACAGGAGAAAGCGUUGGGAGAGCUGCAUUGGUCCCGUCUUCAAGGAUAUGAAGCAUGGCAUUCCCGACAAAGACACCACAAUCUGGGAUCUAAAGAUCAUGGAGGCUUAUGAGAAGGCUGAGAUGGAGGCGUUGGAAGAAGAAGCAGAAGCAGGCGAGUGA